AUGAAUUAUUCAUAAUUUUCUUUUUCACAAUUGGGAAAGCAAAUUUUACAAGAAAAUAAAGACUUACAAGAUCGCUAUACAUUAGAAUUACUUAAUAAUUAUAAGUCUCCAUAGUUCUUUCAACAAGCCUAAGAAAAUAGAUUAGAAAAAUAAAUUUAGAAAUAGAACGAAAUCAUCAAACUCUUAAUGGAAAAAUAAGAAUCAGUAAAAAAUAAUAUACAACUGAAUAAUAAUUAAAAUAGAUAAUUUUAGCAAUAAGAUAAAACUUAGAAUCCAACAUACUUGGGCUUUUCUUAAAUUCCAGUUAUGCAACCACUUCCUCUUCCUCCUCCUCCAAUAUUUAUGCCUUCAAACUUUUCAUUUAUGUAAUAGUAACAAGCAGAAAAGUCAUAACAAGAAAAAUUAAGAAUGCUUUUAUUAAUGAAAAAGCUCAAAGAAGAAAAUUUUUUGCUCAAAAUGAAAUUAUCUGAAAGAGGUGAAUAACUAGAAAAAACGUUUGAAACUUCUUCUAUCAACUAAACUCAAUAACAAUCAGUUCAUAAAAGCGAGAAAUAAUAUAAAUAAUAGAAAAGAAAUUUAGGGCCAACUAAAGAAGAUUUUUAAAAAGAAAUACAAUAUUUAGAAUAAUUAAUUUCAAAAAGAGCCAUUGCUUAGCUAAAAAUUAGAGGUAAGAGAUUGAGACUGAUGCUUUAAUUUAUUCAUAAAACAAAGUAAUCAAUUUAAUUGAAGAUUACUUAAUUUUAAGAAAAAUUUCCAGAAAAUAUUUUAUAAUUUUAGAAUGAGUGUUUUGCAUGGAUGAAGGAUUUUACUAAAGUUAUUGUCGACAAAUUAAAAUCAUAAAAUCCAAAUAUUAUUUUGUAUUUAGAAGCAAAAGUAAAUCCUAAAGAAGCAUAAAAAAGAAUGGACUAGCUUAAAAUCUACGUGAAAAAUUUUAUUGAUGCAAUGUUUGAUAAUUAAGAAAAUUUUCCAAGCUUUUGCAAAAAUUACAUUUUAAAUUUUACACAUAAUUUUUAUUGUACACCUUCAAAUUUCUUAACAAAAUUUGAAGUUAAUAGAUUAUAAUUUACACCAUACGGAGGAAUAAUGUAUAAAUUUAAAUAAAACUUUAAGACUAAAUUAAAGAUAAGGGCAAAUGAUGAUUAUCACAAUCAUAUUUCUUAGAAUUUAUUUACAAUUUCUAAAUGAUCUGUGGGAACCCAUCCCAGCUUCUUCAUCAGCAACUUAAAAAAAAAUUAAUUAGUAAUUCCGCUUGAACAUUUAAUCUAUUUGUUCUGCAAUUUAUAUUUUAGCUAUAGAAGUGAUUCGAGAAAUGGCAGCUAUUUAACGUGACAAUCUUAAAUUACUAUCAAUUGAUGUUUAACCAAAACUAAAAUCAGGAGGUGUAGUAAAAAUGAAAAAUUUUGAAGAAAGAGAUAUUGAUAAGGCUAAAUUGGAAGGGUUAAAAGAAGGAGAUGAACCUAUAAUUUAUCCUCUUUUUGACAAAGUUGAACUGAAUCCUUUUUUUGCUGAUAACUCUUCUGUCUCCAACUUAAAAUCAACAAUUGAAGGAUGGUCUGAAAAUAUUUAUUCUAUUUUACAAUAAUGCAAAAAAGAUAUCAAUUCUGAAAGAAAAAAAUAAGUAAAUUUCAUCUUGAAAGGAUUAGUUUGAGAAUGGAGAAAAGAUGGUAAUAAUAAAACGGAUUGAAGCAAAUCUAAAAUAAUCCGAGGGGGCUAGAUAAAUAAGAGAAAUAUAAAAUCAGGUUGCGCAACAAAGAGAAAAGAUUGCAUAAAUGAAAAGAUGUAAAAUAAUAUAUAGAUAUUAAGUUUUAAAUGUUUCAACAAAUCGAAAGUCUGAACACAGUUAAUUGGAUUUGAAAAAUAAAUCAAAAAUUUCCCAUUUCAGUAAUCAAUCGUGA